AUGGCGAAGCAUCAAACUGAAAUAGAAUCUUUAGACUGUGCUACUCGCCGGCUAGAAGAAUCGAUUGCAGAUCAAGAACGACAUUUUCAGAAAGAGUGUCGAAAUUAUGAAGUUCAAUUACAAAACUUACAAAGACAAGCAAAACAAGCUCAAGAAUAUUACGAACAAUUACGGAAAGAUACAGCAGCUGCUCAAGAACAACUCCGAUCAACAUACAUGUGCUCUCGCGAGAGCCCACAGAAGACGCCGACAUGGUUGCACCAUUUUUGUAUACUGCAGAUACGAAGAAUAACAGAAUUCAACGAUGGCAUUUGA